AUGGGUGAUGGCUCCGUCACCACUUCCGCAGGCCCAUCAUGGUGGUCGUUGUCCUACUGGGCUGGGAGGAACCAGCAUAGACCCCUAUCAGUGAAGGAGAAUGCAGAAUCGAGUGCUGCCACAUCUGCAAAUUUGCAGAAUGCGCCGUCUGCUUCGGAAGUACCGCAAACGACGGUAUGCCCCGAAGUUAGUACUGAAGAAUUAUCUGGUUAUGAAAGGUUGCGAUUAUUAUAUACGAGACCAAGCAUGGAACGGGAUUGUACACUUAGGAUCACGCGUAUGGCAUUUCUGAGUGGAUUUUUCCUAGGUGGGAUCUCGACGUACGCGCAAGCGAGCGAAACAUUUGAAAGGAGCAAUGUCGGUCGCAAAUACUUGAGUCCUAGCGAUGCAUUUAAACGCCGAAUGGAUUAUGGGAUCGUACGGUUCGCAAAAACUGGAUUCCCUAUGGGUCUCAAGUGCGCAGUCAUCUCUGGGAGUAUUGUACUGUUGACAACCCAUUUGGCUGCCUACCGACAACGGUUCUCAUCGUGGUACUUCCCAGCCCUUUCAGGUGCGCUCGCGGUCGCCCUGCAUGAAGCAUUAGUUGGUGGAGUGUUCACGUUUCCACUUGGUGUCAUCGGUUCGAUAAAAGCUGUGGGCCUAGGAGUCACUUCAGGACUGACUUUGACUGCCAUUGUUCAUUUAUACGCCCUAAGUGUGGACAAGCCCGUUAAUGAGGCAUACUGGACCUUCAAGAGGGAUUACGAGAAGGAUCUUCGCUUGGCUCGGGAGUGGGAUGAACGAGUGAGAGAAUUAAUGAAAGCGGAAAAGAUCUGGUGGAAAGGAACUGCAGCGCAGAAGUUGAAGAAGCUUGACGAGGAGAAAAUUGGCCUCACCAAGACGCCUAACUUUUGUAUACUCAAGGAUUUUACGUUAGUUCUCACCCCAUGGAAUCACCGAAACUCUCCAAAAGUUUGGAGCUAUCAUUAG